AUGGAUGGAUUUUUUCAUGGAGACUCUGGUCUCAUCCUUGCUGCUUGUGCAUUCGUCCCCCUUUGCUAGGAUGGUGUCAGGUGCCAUUGCCUUGGCCUUCCUGCCUCUUCUGCUGACUCUCAUAAUCAGGUACCGCUACUACUUUGUGCUGUUCUACCGGGCGGUUCUGGUCAGAAUAUGGAAGGACUGCAUCACGGGAUUAAGCCGGGAGGAGCGAGCCUAUCAGUAUGUCCUCACUCAUUCCACCCCCGGGGACCCUGACAGCAUCCUGGACUCGUUUGAUUACUGGUGCAGUAAAGUGGAGUACAUCAGUAACAUUGGGCCUAAAAAAGGGAAAAUCCUGGAUCGGAUGCUCAUGGAGCAGAGCCCUCUCACGGUUCUGGAGCUGGGAGCUCACUGCGGCUACAGCACCAUUCGGAUCGCCCGGGCUCUGCCUCUGGGGGGCAGGCUCUACAGCAUUGAGAUGGAUCAGACGAAUGCUGCGAUAGCUGAAAAAAUCAUCCGCCUGGCAGGGUUUGACGAUGACACGGUGGAGCUCAUCGUGAAUCCAUCAGAUGAGGUCAUCCCUCGACUGCGGUCUGACUACAAUUUGGAGAGGGUUGAUUUCGUCUUCAUGGACCACUGGAAGAAAUGCUACCUUCCUGACCUGCAGAUGCUUGAGGAAUGCGGCUUGCUGGGUAAAGGAUCUGUGAUUCUGGCAGACAAUGUGCUGUUUCCUGGGGCUCCAAAGUUCCUCAGAUACAUUCGGAAGAGUGGUCUGUACGAGUGGAAGAUCCACCGAGCAACACUGGAAUACAGCAAAGGCAUCCGGGACGGGAUGGCAGAGCUGGUGUUUCAGGGAAUUAAGUAAACCAACUCAUAUUUAUAAAACCCCCCAAAAUGCAAACAUUUUGUCUAAUAUUCAAGCUAAGUUUGAGUAGAAUUGUGGCAUUUUAAUGAAAACUUUUUCAC